GUUGCGUUCGCCUGAAUAGCAUCAGUUUUUAACCUUUUGUUCCGCAAUCAACACGGCAAACCAAGUUUUCAAACAUAACCGCUACAAAUUAUUUUAGUCCAGCGUAUCCCAGCAUUGGCGUUUUUGGCAAUUGUACGAGAUUGAAUUUAUUUGCUGAUAACAGAAUCUGUUAAUUUCAUCGUGAAAUUGUUAAAUUGUGAAAACGUGGAAUUGUAGAGUCCUAAAUCUAGGCUAAUAUAAAUCUAACUUUUUUGGAGUUAUCUAUUGUGCUCAAAGGUGAAUACUUAAACGAGAUUUGUGUUAACUUAUCGUGUGCGCAAUAAAAUUAGUAGGCAAUUGAGUUUAAUUGCAUUCCAAAGUAUUCCCGUAAAGAUUAUAAAAAUUUCACUGUUUUAGCCAUAAAAAUUUUAUCUAAAACCUUAAAUUGUGCGAAGUGAUUUAUUACUGAUUUGUAAGGUGAAAAAUUGAAUUUGAAUUUGGAAAUUAAAAACCUAAGCCGCACUUAAAAACAGUUUUGUGCAACAAUUAUUUUUGGAUAAAUUUCUGAGUCAACGAAGUGAACAAGUCAACAGGAAGAACUAUGAAAGCCACAACGUGGCUGUGGCCGGUGUUAACUUUACUCUGCGGCGCUAAGCUUGUUUGCACAGCACAACGUGGGGUUUAUCCAUUCGAUUAUGCGGACCCGAAUUUGAUACAGGAUGAUUACUUACUUGAAAAACGAAAUAAACCAUCAUUAUCGAUUGUAAAUCCAUUGGAUGUACUUAGGCAACGAUUAUUAUUGGAAAUUGCACGAAGACAAAUGAAAGAAAAUACUAGACAGGUUGAACUAAAUCGCGCCAUUUUGAAAAAUGUUGGUAAACGCAUACCUGCCACAAGGCGUUACCAGAUGUCAUUGGCACAGGAGCGUCAAUUGCAGCGGCAACUGCAGCAAGAACAGUUGCAGCAAAACUAUCCAAGUCAAUUGGACUAUGUACCCAUCUCCUUUUUAGAGUUCUUACAACGACCCGUAUACGAAGCACUUGUUGAUGAGAAGAAAUUCCCUAACAUGGGCAAAACUGAAAGUCAAGUAAACGGAAACGAAAUUGGUAAUGAAACAAAUCAUGAGAAAAACAAUGGCGUUCCAAGGACAUCCAAUGCAGUGGGCAAGGAAAAUAGGCAUCGUGAUGGCAAUAGCAAUGGCAAUGACAAUGGUAUUGUCAAUGGAAGUGGCACUGGCAGUUUGGCUAAUGAUAUGAGUAACAGUAUGGGAAACAAUGCCAACAUGGGCAUAUCUGCAAGUGGACUGGUAUUGGAUUUACUUGGCGAUGAAGAGGACGAGUACGAAAAUAUGCCAACCAACACAAAUGAUGGCUAUCAGUUGCGCUACCUUUACCGCAUGCAUAGGAAUAGAUAUGCGCACAAAUAAACAAACAACAA